AAUCGAAGUUAUUUUGUUUGCGAAAAAUAAAGAAAUGGGUACUUUAAUUUUUAAUCUCAGAUGUGCAAGUAACCAGUUGACCUCGACGACGGCCGUGGAAUUUGUCAAAAUAAAUAAUUUAUUGGAAGGUAUAACGUAAACAAAGACUAGUUACUAUUUUUCUUGUUGCAGAUGUGGGAGACACUAAGCAUUUUGCUGCUUUGUCUUCUGAUCGAACCAUCAUGGAGUCGCUUAGCCGAAGAUAUCACCUACUCUUCCCUGGACAACUGCGUAACAGACCACUGUUUUCAUCAACCAGCAGAAGCUUGUCCUAGCCCUGACAGUAAAUGUCGUUGUCGCAAACUCCCAUACUGUAAAAGCGCUGCCGUUUGUUGCAACGUAAAUAAGUUCCAACUAACGGAAGGCUUGGCAUGCGCAAACAUCAGUGGCAAUGGGCAUGUGGAAUCGCUCCACAUACGGAAUGCCAGUCUCGACAUCCUAAAUGUGGAAGACUGGAGGAAAUUGAAAUAUCUGCGAUACAUGACUAUAACAGACGGCCAAAUAAACAGCGUAGUUGGGGAAUUCGCCAAACACACCAUAGUCUCAUGUUUGAAUUUAUCCUCAAACGGGAUCGUCAAUUUUGAAAAUAGAUCUUUGGUCAAUUUAUACAAUUUGAGUUUCUUAGAUCUUUCACAUAACAAUUUAUCUGAUGUUCCCCGGUUUAAAAAAGAUGGAAAUGUAACUCUGGACAUAUCAGCUAAUCAGCACAUGUUAUGCUCAAACUUAUUCGACGCUUUACAACGAACUGAGCUCCACUUCAGUAACAUAAACAAUUCGUUUUGUUUAUUUGCAAAAACCUUUCACUGGUUCAAUACGACUGAAACUAUCCCUCUUACACAAGUGAUUGGAACGCAUAAAUUGCGUAAAGAUUGCCGUAAAAAUUGCACUUGUGAACCUUCAAGACUGGAUCUAGUGUCUGGAAAACAAGCAACAAUUGCUGUGGCUGUGAAUUGUUCAGGCCAGAGUUGGACGUCACUGCCCUCACCGCUUCCGGCCAACACUAUUGCUUUAAACGUUUCGAAUAAUAAUAUAACUUCAUUAGAGCUGUUUAGUACCGACUCUUCCUACCAGAAUAUAAGGGAAUUAUAUGCGGAUAAUAACCAAAUUACGUCGAUUCUCCCGUUGGAGGGGUCGCAAUUUUUGAGCAGUUUUGCGGUCCUGAGUCUCAGAAACAACAAGUUGAAAUCGCUCCCAACUUACAUUUUUUCAAACAUACUGGACCGAAAUAAUUUUGUCCGAUACGUUUUUCUUGGUCUCAACAGACUCCAGUGUGAUUGCAACACAGCCAAAGUUUUGAAGGUAUGGCUGUUGACGAAGCAGAAAAACAUCCCCGAUUUUGAAGAAAUCUACUGUGAUAACAUGGAUAUGAAAGUGAUAGAUCUAAACCCUUCUAAACUCUGCCAGACUCAACAAGACUGGACAGAUUAUAUCUACUACAUUAUCACUAUAGAAGUAGUGUUACUCGUAGGUCUGAUUGCCAAAGUUGUUUAUGACUACUGUGUUUUUAAAACAUCCGGUUAUUUACCGUGGCCGGCAAGUAAAAUGCCAAAGUUACCAUGCGAUUGGUUAUGUGAAUAAUUAAUUAUUUUUAAAUUUAUGUUAAAACGAUGUGCCUGUCAAAUGCUUCCGCCUUGUAUCAUGGUUGUGAAAUGUUUUACUGUAGUUGGGAUUUAGUUUAGGAAGUUUGUGCUCUCAAUCAAGUUUGAAACGAAAAGUCUGACACACCAUACAGUCAAAUUAGUUUGCUUAGGCUCAAAUUUAAAUACAAAAGACAGUACAAUUGUGAAAAAUUAAAUAAAUUCGACAAAUUCAAGUAUAUUUUCGUUGUUUUGUCGAACUUAUUUUAAAGUUUUCAAUUUAAUUACGAAAUGUAAACUAUGAAAAUACUGGCUUUAUAUGUCUUUUACUGUCUGUCCUUUCUGCAAUUUUUGUUUCCUUCGUAUUUUUAAUUAAUCUCUUUCAUUUAUAAAGAGAUUUUAUGUUAACCGAUUCAUUUUAAAAUAAAUUUUAGAUAAUGUUUCAGCCAUUGCCAAUUAUCUAAAAUUUAUUGCCUUCUUCUUUUGGAAAAGCUGUUUUUUAACAUUAUUAAUAAUGAUUUUGCACAAAUUAUUUUCAAAAUAUUAAUUCUUAUUAUUCCUUUAUUUUUCUUAUGUAAAUUUAAUUUUAAUAUUCUUUUGCUGUUUUGUGUUUUUAUUCUAAUUUAAAUUGAAAUUCGUCGUUAUUUGUGAAACUCUUCACUUUGUAUAUUUUUGUUGUUUAAUUGCUCAAUUUAUAGUAGUUUUUGUUUUUUAAAGAUAUUUAUUUUAUUUAUUGUUUCCAAAUUGUGGUAAAAGACAAUACACCAAAUACAAAUUCUUUGAUUUCCGAUGAGUCCGGUUUUCGGUGUGUAUUUACUAUUUACGAUUAUAAAAUAAACAAAUGUACCUUUUGACUAAGUCGAGUAACAAAAUAAACUGUAGUACUAGUUUGGGAUGUAAUUUAAUUGUUGUAUUUACAAACGUUCGUGUCAAAAAUUUUGUAUGUAAUCUCUUCGCCAAAAGUUUUUAUUUCAUUUAGCAUAUUUUACUUACUUUAAGUACAAUAUCAUGAUUGCUAAUGUAUAAAUACGUUUUCUUUUGUAAUAUAAUAAAGUGUCUUACUGCAA